ACAACAAAACAAAACAGAACCAAAUCAGAAAUUGAACAAAACCAGAAAGCACAGUUAAAACAGAGAUAAGAGAAGAAGAUGAACACAAUAAUUUACAUGGUUCAGUCUUAAAGACCUACUCCAUUAGAGAGUGAGAGCAAGAGCCUUGGUCCCUUACUUACCAUUCCCUUUAACUUCUCAAUCUCUCCAUUUUUCUUAUCACAAUGUAGUAGAGUUGUUGGUGCUAUCAUUUGUUAAAUUUUUUAAUAUAUUAAAUUGAAGGGAUAAAAUAUUUAUUUGUUACUUAAAAUAAAAAAUGAUAAAAACGUGUGAUUGUGUGAACAAAAAUUUUGAAGUACAUAAUUGAGCAAUGCAGAUUUGAGAUGCUAUAAGUAUGACCAAAAUUUCACGUUGGAUAAAAAAUCCAAUUUUUUUUUAAAACGAUUGAGGAAAACAUGUACUCAUAAAAUCGAAUCUAGUAUUAUAGACCAUUCAAAUGAUCAACUUAUUAAAGGGAGACAGUGAUGCACACGUAAAAUCCAAUUUUUGUGUUGUUCGAUUUGGACGAUACUAAAGGCUUGUUUGGCUUAGCGGUGAAAAUUGUCCAAACCGGCGUUUUAUGUGAAGCUACCUUUUGUAGCUUUUAAAAACCACGGCAGAAAGUGCCUCGUAACGCGGUAUUUGCACUUCCACCGCUUUAACAAACACAUACUAAGAUUAAUAGAAAUACAGAGGACCUCCCAUAAUGAAAACAUGUUGAAAGUUGUAUAUCCUUGUCACUUUGUUAGUGACACAUUUCUGAUUCAUUCAUCUAUACUACGUAUAUUCAUUCCUUUGCCAUGGCACUGCAUUUGGAAUCAUGCCUUUCCUCUUUGAAACCUCAAUUCGUCCAAACAACUGCACAACCUUCUCAAAGCUCUAAUAAUAUCAAGCUUGAUUCUCUUCACGUUGCUAACAAGUGGAGCAUUAGUGCUGAAGAAGAAAGGCGUAGCACACUCAUAAAACAUAGAGAUCUCAGCAGCAGUAAUAAUCAUUCUGAGAAACUUGAGUUGGUUAAGCAUGAACUUAGAAACGUUGGUGAAAAUUCACUCAAAGGUUUGUAUAUGAUUGAUGCCAUGCAGCGCCUAAAUAUUGAUUACCACUUUGAAGAAGAAAUUGAAUCAUUCCUAAGAAGACAAUAUGUGACUAGUGCUUGUGGUGGAAGUAAUCAUCAUGAUCUUCAUGAGACUGCACUUCACUUCAGGCUAUUAAGACAACAAGGUCACUUUGUUCCCGCAGAGGUGUUUAACAAGUACACAAACGAGGAGGAAAAGUUUAAUCCAAAACUAGGUGAAAAUAUCAAUGGAAUGAUAGAUUUAUUUGAAGCCUCGCAUCUAAACCUAGCAGGGGAAGACAUACUUGAUGAAGCUGGAAAAUUUAGCAGGAAGAUCCUUAAGGAAAGAAUGACACAAUUUGAUCAUGAAGCUAUGUUUGUAAGGAGAACCUUAGAAUAUCCUUUUCACAAAAAUUUGCCAAUAUUCACAGCUAGAAAUUUCUAUGGUCAUCUAUAUAGCACUAAUGUAUGGUUUGGUUCUAUGAAAGAAGUUGCAAAAAUGGAUUUCAGUUUGCUGCAAGGCUUACACCAUCAAGAGAUUGUUCAAGUUUCAAAAUGGUGGAGAGAACUUGGUUUAGCUAAUGAGUUACCAUAUGCUAGAAACCAGCCCCUUAAAUGGUACAUGUGGUCAUUGGCAUGCCUCACGGAUCCUACUUUAUCUGAGGAAAGAAUUGAGCUCACAAAACCAAUAUCUUUAAUUUACAUAAUUGAUGACAUUUUUGAUAUUUAUGGGACUCUAGAUGAGUUAACUCUUUUCACAGAGGUUAUUUCUAGAUGGGAUAUUGACACUGAUAUGGAGAAACUACCAAAUUACAUGAAAACAAGUUUCAGGGUUCUCUAUGAUCUAACAAAUGAACUAAGCUCCAAAAUAUAUAAGAAGCAUGGUUGGAACCCUAAAGACUCUCUUCGAAAGACGUGGGAGAGUUUGUGUAAAGCCUUUCUAGUUGAAGCAAAAUGGUUUGGUUCAGGGAAGUUACCAAGUGCUGAAGAAUACUUAAAGAAUGGGAUAGUAAGCUCUGGAGUGCAUAUUGUGCUGGUUCACAUUUUCUUUCUUUUAGGUAAAGGAUUAACUAAGGAAAAUGUUCAUACAAUAGACACAACCCCAUCCAUUAUUUCCUCCCCUGCCACAAUUCUUCGACUUUGGGAUGAUUUGGGAAACGCAGAGGACGAAAAUCAACAGGGAAAUGAUGGAUCAUACGUGAAUUGUCUAAUGAUGGACCACCCAGAGUAUUAUUGUACAAGAAGAAGAGCAACAGUGGAUGUUAUGAAUAAAGUAACUAAUGCAUGGAAAAGCCUCAAUCAAGAGUGUCUCUUUGAUACCUAUUUCCAUAAAGCAUUCACAAAGGCCUCACUCAAUCUUGCAAGGAUGGUACCGUUGAUGUAUAGUUAUGAUGAUAAGCACUCCCUUCGAGGGCUAGAGGGUUAUGUCCAUUCUUUGCUUUAUGAUAAAGUUUUUUAAUUUGUAGCCAAAAUUAUUUAUCCCAACAGUAAUU